AGUCGAGAUAAGCUUGGAUAGUUGUACCCCUUUGUGACGAUACGGUGAAGAUGAACUUUCUUGGUUUUGCUUUCACCUUGGUGUUGCUUGUGGCAGUUCAGCUAACCACUUUUACAUGGGCCGCAACGAAUGUGACAAAAACCUCAGGAAAAGAUUACGAUGAGCAAGGAAAACACCUGAAUGAACAACCAGUACGUCGCAAGUUAUCAGCAUGCAAUCUUAACACAUUCUCGUUGCAUAAUGAGAGACCAAUCUUUCAUGAGCAGCAAGGUGUCACCCUUCCCCUCUGCCAAGGCGAGUAUUAUGCCACUCUCCACGAUAAUAAUUUGGGAAUUGCACGUUACUCACUCUACAAGAUUACCUCCGAACAAGCCACGGCAACCCAAGUACCAAGACCUGCAGGUGACCCAUGGCAACCGAAUCAGACGCCAGGUAAGUUAAUUAGGAUUCAUCAAGGAAGCAAUGCAUUGUAUCGGGACCAACCAAUCCAGGGUAGAUACGAGAGAGGCCACCUCGUUCCUGUUGAUAUCUUACGUUACAGCACUGGAAGUGCUCUUGCCACUUUCACCUUCACCAACUCCGUGCCGCAAAUUGCAGGUUUCAACAAAGGUCAGUGGGGAAAGUACGAACGGAAAAUAAAGAAAUAUGCCCAGCAAACUUGUUCUUCGGAAGGCGGAACUCUUUUCCUAAUCACCGGCAUAUCAUCGGUUUCAUUUAGCAGAACAGGUAGUCAUCCAGUUAAAACAAUAGUCAAGAGGGUGGAGCCUAUGAGGUGGUUCCACAACGACGUGGAUGUAAACCAAAAGAUCGCAAUUCCAAACUCAAUAUGGACAGUAGGCUGUUGUUUGAACUUGGAUAACGAAGUUGUGGGAGCUUUUGGUGUAAUGGGUCAUAAUUCUUUUGAAAAAAGGAUCUUAAAUGUAAUUUUGAUGUCCUCACAAACCGUCAAAUCUGUUGAAAACACCCUUCGAUUAGAAGAUCCAACAAUUGACUUGUUUCCUUUAGGCUCAGACUGCUAUGACCAAGAAAAAAACGUUAAAUUGAAUGAAAUAUGA